CGAACCGUGAUAAUUCUAAACCCUUCGAGGUUGACCGAUCGCAUAGGGGUUUUUGGCUAGGAAAGGAGAUCGCUUUUCUUGCAGCCGUCCUUUUCAUGGAAGCAAUAUCAGCGCUCAAGAAAAGGAAUCUUGGCCUUCCAAAAAUGAAAUGUCGGAGAGUUGUGAAAGCUUUCUUUUGGUAAAAGUCAUCCUUCCAACAACGAUCACACGAAACCUACAUCACGCUUCUACAAGUUUUCUUUUAGCCCAACAACUCCACUUUUCUCGGCGUGCAAGAUGGCCCCAGAAAGAUUGACUAUUUCUGAGGGUGUGAAAGGUUUAGUAUUUGAUUGUGAUGGCACUUUAUUGGACACCAUGCCUCUGCACUGGCGAGCCUGGUGCAAGAUUUGCGACGAGACAGGACUGAGGUUCAACAAAGAAGACUUCUAUGUUCUAGCUGGAGUACCUGGAAAAAAGAUAAUUGACGUCCUAGCCAGACAACAGGGAGUCGUACUAGAUCCUCUUGAAGUGUACGAGAGCAAAAGGAAAUAUUUUCUAUCAGAACUGGCGUCCGUGAGUCCGAUUCAGUGCGUUUUGAAAUACGUCCACGAAGCGAGAAAGCGUGGCAUUCCUGUCGCAGUUGCCUCUGGAAGUUCGAAGAAGCAGGUUGAAAAAGCUCUCAAAGAUACUGGUAUUCUUGAGCUGUUUGACGUGAUAUUGGGUAAUGAAGACUACAGUAAUCACAAACCACACCCUGAUGCCUUCUUGACAGCCGCCAAGUAUUUGGGUGUUGCAGCCAAAGACUGCUGGGGAUUUGAGGACACGGACAUUGGUCUGGAGUCCAUCAGACGUGCUGGGUUUGGAAAUGCAGUGGACGUCAGGCUUUUUGCUGAGUAUCCAGACAAGAGGCCAUCUGACAAUAAAGACAUCACACAGCUCAUUGAAACAAGCAGAAAGCUUCGCAGAGCUUUUACCAUAGGAUAACAUCCUCCACUGGGGAAAAUACCUCUGUUUCCAUCACAAAAUAUGCUACAUGUUCAGUGAAACAGUAGAACUUGCAUAAAAGAAGCUAAUGGGGAAGCUUUGUUUUUAAUCCACUGUAUAUAAACCCCUUAUUAUGUACACAAAGUUAAAUCAAGUUAACUUAAGUUACUGUAUUGAGGAGGGUAGGUAUUUGGUAUAACCAUGCAGAUGAAAUGUCAAAGGCUUUUGUAAGCUGUAGCUAUAUUUCAAUUAAUAUAAUUCAUGCAAACAGGCAAAAUAUAAAUAAGGAACAUACCAGAUGGUGCACAUAUUUUUUCUUUGAUGUUGUUGAUUUUGUACUGAUUCCUCUUUUUUACUCGGUAAGGAUCCUUCAAUCUGUUUUAUGAUCAGGAACACGAAAUGGUCAUGUUAUUUUUCAGAGCCCCAUUACAAUAAUUGAAUAAUAUAUUUAUUAUAUGUAGGUGUUUUAUUUUAAAUUGAUAGAAUUUUAGUUUAUAUCUCAGUGUGUGGAAGAUAUAUGGCAUUUUAUUUUUAAAAUUUGAAAAAAAUGCUCCCGCUCAAUUAUUGAAAGCAUACACUUUCAACAACACAAGAAAUACACUUUCUUGACAAAGGAGCAAAGCAGCUCUAAAAUAGAAUAAGAAAAUGUAUGCCUGCAAUGCAUAAAUAUAUACUAUGGAAACAGAAGACAGAGCUGUUAAUUGCACUCUUUCUAUAUUUAGUUGUUUAUAAGUGUAAAUAGAACAAUAUAUUAAGCUAAUGUACUGCAUUGACUUUUUAUAUUCAGUUGUCAUUCUAUUUGAACAGAAAUAGAUUUAUUCAUACCUGAUAAACCAUGGAAAAAGCCUGUUUUAUUUUUGAACAUACUACUUUUUCAUUAAAGGUUGUCAAUGCGAGCGGCGAAUGGCAAUUGCCAAAUGGCAAUUCUACGACCGAAAGGUGUUUAUGGUUAGCAAUUAUUUGUAAAAAUAAAUUGAUAAAUAAACUCAAGCAAUGUCAGAACCAUAUAUGGAUAAAUGGAUAGACAAAUGUUUUAUUUGUAUUUUUCUGAGUUUGGAACAAAUGUUUUGGGAUCCAUGGGUCCUUUCGGUCGUAGAAUUUUGAUCAAAUGGCCAUUUGCACUGACAACGUUUUUUGAAAUAGGUGUAUAUUUCAUAGCUGAAUUUGAUAUGAGACGUUGCCAACACAUGCAAAAACUAUACAUUAAAAAACUCUUCUUUUUAUCUGCUGAUUUUUUUAAAACUUGUAUAUAUUUCAUAUAAAGCUCUAUCUUUGUAGACAUCUGUUCAUCACUCCGGAAUAAUAUAGGGGGGGGUAGGGGUACAAGUUACCAACUAUUUUAGAUGGUAAUACAAAAUGGGAAAGAUGGCAAAUACGAAAAUAAAGAAAAUAAUAACAUUCA